AUGGUGAACUUUGGCCCAAUUUUCUGCGAAGGAACUGGGGAGGAGCUGGUUAAGGAUGCGGCUUGGUAUGGCAGACGGAUUUUGCCCAUUGCGGUCCUCCAAACUGCCAAUGUUGUCAUGAAUACAACUUCGUUGAAGUACAUCGGUGCCGGCUUCAAUUCCAUCAUUGGUGUCCUUUGUCCAGUCUUGACUGCCUUAAUGAGCGCCGCACUGGGCCAGAGCUUCAAAUCUCUGGCCUGGUUUGGCAUUGUAAUUGCCAUUGCUGGU